CAAUCCGACGGAGGUGGUUUGUGGAGGAGUAAGUCUAGGCAUUUGGCAGUGUUUGAGUUCCCACACGUUAGUAGGGAUGAACUGUGCUUUAGAUGAACUUGAAGUGAUUAACUAGUGUUGUUUAAAUAAGGAAAAGUUGAUAGUUUUAGUUAAAAUAAUUGAAAUAUUUCUAAUUAAACGUUAUAGAGCAAAAUAGUUUUUUUUAAACAUUUAAUUUUUGUACAAUUUCAAUAAAUAAUUGUGGUAUGUAUAGGAAUAAUUGACAGUGUUUAUAGAUGUAAAUGUAUUUGUUUGACUUAUAAUUUGUUCAUUCUUAUACUUAAAAUACAUGGGUUAUUAAAAAUAUUCAGAUUUACUCAGGUAAUCAGAUCAAUAUGAGAUGUAUUUAUAUCACAUGGAUACUUUUUUUAAAAUUGGUGUGCUGUGAAAUAGAGGUCAGAAUUGCUGAUGGAAUUCUCAAAGGACAAGUUCUGCAGUCGAGAGAUGGACGGACUUAUUAUUCUUAUAUCGGUAUACCAUAUGCAAAACCACCAAUUGGGGAUUUAAGGCUUAAGGCACCACAACCAGUCGAACCUUGGAACGGGACAUUAGAUGCCUCGAAAGAAUCUAACAAAAUAUGCAUUCAAAAAAAUGUCGCUGAUAGUCACGAAGAUUGUUUGUACUUAAAUGUGUUCACUCCAAAAGUUGAUAAAAAGUUUUUACCAAUAAUGUUUUGGAUUCACGGUGGCAUGUUUUCUCGUGGAAAUGGAGGGCCUGGUUCACACGGGCCUGAAUAUUUUAUGGACAAAGAUGUGAUAUUAGUUUCUAUAAAUUAUAGACUCGGUGUAUUAGGGUUUUUUAGUACCGAGGAUGAUGUGAUGCCCGGAAACUAUGGAAUGAAAGAUCAAGUAAUGGCGUUACGUUGGGUACAGAAAAACAUCGUUCAUUUCAAUGGUGAUCCUAGUCAAGUGACAAUAUUUGGCGAAAGUGCAGGAGGUGCUAGUACAGGAUUUCAUAUGUUAUCACCAAUGAGCAAAGGUCUUUUCCAUAAAGUUAUACUUCAAAGUGGUAGUCCGGUUUGUAAAUGGGCUGUUUCACCUAUUGGACUUCCUCGUAAACGCGCACACGCUGUAGCCGUUAUUGCCGGCUGUAAUUUCAAUACUUCCGAAGACAUAUUGCGAUGCUUGAGAAAACUUCCAGCCGACUAUAUUAUCGAUCUACAAAACAGAUUAUAUGCGUGGCUUUCACAUCCGUGUAUACAGUUUAAUCCUGUCGUCGAAAAUUGUAAUUCUGGUCAAGAAUCAUUUCUCUGUCAUCAUCCUGUAUACGAUUUUAAGCAAGAGUCGUUUGUACCUGCUAUUGUUGGUCUGAAUUCAGCUGAAGGUGGUCUGUUUGUGGCUUCACUGUACAACAGCACUUCUUUGAUAUAUACUGAAUUCCAGACGUAUUUUAAUCGUAUACUGUCAAUUAUGCUAUUUUAUGACCACUACACAAGGCCGGAAGAUUUAGACGAAAUCGGGGAAAGAGUGUUGAAAGAAUAUUUUCCAUCAGGAAGAUUGGACGACAAUACUCAUUCGAAUGCGGUUAACAUGAUAGGCGAUGGAUGUUUUACUCACUGCAUUGUUGAUAUGGCGAAAAAAUUGUCUUCUCCAGUCUACAGUUAUUAUUACGAUUAUCAAAAUGAGUUUUCAUAUAACAAACUAUUUGGCUCAUGUGAAAAAAGUCUAGGAGUCACUCACGGGGAUGAACUAAACAGUCUGUUUAAAAAGAGUAGUUUAAAUCCAAACGAUUUAAACGCGGACGAUCUCAAAAUCUCCAGACUAAUGGUCAAUAUUUGGUAUAGAUUUGUGACUUCUGAAACUCCUACUAUUGACGGAACAGACACCGGGACUGUUUGGCCAAUUUUUACUUACAAUACAAACUUUAGCGUUUUACACAUUGAUUCUGCACAACCAUCAAUCAUACAAAAUCCCUUCGACGAGAAAUAUAAAUUCUGGAACCAACUACCUUACAAUUUUCAUCUAAAUCAACCGAUGUCACGAAAAACUGAACUAUAGUUUUAUCAUCAUAUAUAUUGGAAAUUGGAUUUGUAUAAAUAUCGAGUGAAUAGGUCGUAGGGGUAACACUUUCAAGUUUAGAACAUUCAACAAUACAUAUUAUAAGCUAUUAUAUUUAAAAAAAAACUGUUUUAAUUAUUUAUAUUGGACAUAAUAAAUUAUAAUCUAGUCAUAUUUAA